GGGGCUGCUAUAUCAGAGAAGUCCCUGUCGCGGCGCAGGCAGUAGGGUUGCUGAAGUGCGGUGCUACCGCGGAGCACAGGGGGAGCCAGCGGGCGACGGGCGAGGGGGUGGCGGGGACCCGAGCGGCGUCCGCGGGGCGCAAGGCAGGCGUCCGCAAAGCUGCAGCCUUCCGAGGGCAGUCCUCGCCGAGCCCCGGGCUUGGUGUCCAAGCUGUGCCGAAGCGGCAGCCCCCAGCGCACCAAAGAGGAGGCGGCUGUGGCGGCAGCGGCGGCCCCAGCCAUGCUGUGCUAUGUGACGAGGCCGGACGCGGUGCUGAUGGAGGUGGAGGUGGAGGCUAAAGCCAACGGCGAGGACUGCCUCAACCAGGUGUGCAGACGAUUGGGAAUCAUAGAAGUUGAUUAUUUUGGACUGCAGUUUACGGGUAGCAAAGGUGAAAGUUUAUGGCUAAAUCUAAGAAACCGGAUCUCCCAGCAGAUGGAUGGGCUAGCCCCUUACCGGCUUAAACUCAGAGUGAAGUUCUUCGUGGAGCCUCAUCUCAUCUUACAGGAGCAGACUAGGCAUAUCUUUUUCUUGCACAUCAAGGAGGCCCUCUUGGCAGGCCACCUCCUGUGUUCCCCAGAGCAGGCAGUGGAACUCAGCGCCCUCCUUGCCCAGACCAAGUUUGGAGACUACAACCAGAACACUGCCAAGUAUAACUACGAGGAGCUGUGUGCCAAGGAGCUCUGCAGCACCACUUUGAACAGCAUUGUUGCAAAGCAUAAGGAGCUGGAGGGGACCAGCCAGGCUUCGGCUGAAUACCAGGUCCUGCAGAUUGUGUCCGCAAUGGAAAACUACGGCAUUGAGUGGCACUCGGUGAGGGACAGCGAAGGGCAGAAGCUCCUCAUUGGGGUUGGACCCGAAGGAAUCUCAAUUUGUAAAGAUGACUUUAGCCCAAUUAACAGGAUAGCUUAUCCUGUGGUGCAGAUGGCCACGCAGUCAGGAAAGAAUGUGUACUUGACGGUCACCAAGGAGUCUGGGAACAGCAUCGUGCUCUUGUUUAAAAUGAUCAGCACCAGGGCAGCCAGCGGACUCUACCGAGCGAUAACUGAGACGCACGCUUUCUACAGAUGUGACACGGUGACCAGCGCUGUCAUGAUGCAGUAUAGUCGCGACUUGAAGGGCCAUUUGGCGUCUCUAUUUCUGAAUGAGAAUAUUAACCUUGGCAAGAAGUAUGUCUUCGAUAUUAAAAGAACAUCAAAGGAGGUUUACGAUCAUGCCAGGAGGGCUCUGUACAAUGCCGGCGUUGUGGACCUUGUUUCCAGAAGCAACCAGAGCCCGCCAACCUCACCGCUGAAGUCCUCAGACAGCAGCAUGAACUGCAGCAGCUGCGAGGGCCUCAGCUGCCAGCAGACCAGGGCGCUGCAGGAGAAGCUGCGCAAGCUGAAGGAGGCCAUGCUGUGCAUGGUGUGCUGUGAGGAGGAGAUCGACUCCACCUUCUGCCCCUGCGGCCACACUGUGUGCUGCGAGAGCUGUGCCGCCCAGCUGCAGUCGUGUCCAGUCUGCAGGUCACGCGUGGAGCACGUCCAGCACGUCUAUCUGCCGACUCACACCAGUCUGCUGAAUCUAACUGUAAUCUAGUCUGUUGCGCACUGAUUGGACUUCUGUGUUUCCAUGAACUGCACUAUUAUAAACUACACAAAGGAUCAGAUCAUGGAGAAAGUAAUUUACUUCUGUACCCAUCUGCCAUAAAAGAAGAAGGAGAUAAGAACACAGCUGCUCCUCACUGCAAAAACAUAUCCAUGUGUAGAAUCGACGCCAUUGGUGGGCCUGGAUAGAGCUCUGGGACACAGACACGUUCCUGGGACUUUCAUUUUUUUUUAUGAUCAAGUAAAGGAAUAGGUAAAAUCUUCAAUGUCAGUUAAGUGGCAGGAAAGUUGGGUACCUUUUAGGAAACGAUGUUGUAAGUCUCCUUAAUGAAUCCCAAGGUAAAUUUCCUACCUGCAGCAGAUUUUGUAACAAUUAGUUUUAAGAACUUAAACCUGGUUCAUUUUGUAUAGUCAUGGAGCUCCGAACAUUUUUAAUAGGAAAAUUUUUCUUAAAGAGUUGUCAUUUUAAUGUCAUUUCUGUUUAUAAAACUUGUUCCAGAAUGAUUGGAAGGCCAACAGAUUCAAAAUUCAAUUCUGUGACUUUUUAAAAGUUGACAAUAAUGUUGUCAGAUUGAAACCCGUCUGGCUAGGAGAAAGCAGAUCCCUCAGUGUGGGUGGCCUCCUGGGUUUUUGCUCCCUCCAUCCCACCCCCAAAGCCUUUCAAUUAUAAAAUGCUAACAGUUUGGUUAUAAGAUUUCUGUGGAGUCGUCAAGCACUCCUCAGGACCUUUAGGUUAGUAGGAUAUUAUAUUUCAGACUAAGAAGGGCGAGCGUUCUCGGGGAGCAGAGCUCACGGAGAGAUGAAGCCUCACGUGUGUAAAUGACAGUGGUUUGUCAUUUUUCCCAAGCACUCGACUCCAGUCUCACCCAUCAGUGUCGCUUUGCUUGAACGAUCCAGCCUUUCAUAGCCUUAUCGUACAUGUAUCUAGAUGUCAUAUCCCUUCUGUCUCUGCUUUUUGUGUGUGUUUCUUUAAAUCAGCGCUUAGGUAUUAACUUUGGAUUGUCUCCUCUGUGUGUUUCAGGGGGUUUUGGUUCUGUUUGUUUUGGUCUUCUUAAAACACGUUUUCCACUCCCACUUGGGCAUUUUGGAAGCUGGUCAGCUGGCAGGUUUUCUGGGAUGUCAGGGAACCUGGAUGACCUUAUCGGGUGCAAUACUAGCUAAGGUAAAGCUAGAAACCUACACUGUCACUUUACUGAGAUUUCUGAGUAUACUUUUCAUAUUGCCUUAAUGUAGCAGUAAUGUGUUUAUGCAUUUGUUUCUUUGCACAGACAUUUUGUCAGAUAUUAAAACUCUACUUUUUUAUGGCACAUAUUAGCAUAUAAGCCUUUAUUCCAAGAGGUAUUUAUUUUUUCACUUGUAAAAAAAUAAUGUUUCCACAUAAAGAACUCUGUUAUAUCCUAAAGGACUUCUGUCUUUUAUAUUCAGGAUAAUAAAGACUUUAAAGCAAA